CAGAGCGAGCGAGAGAGGCGCGGGGGGAGAGAGACAGAGCGAGCGAGAGAGGCGCGGGGGAGAGAGACAGAGCGAGCGAGAGAGGCGUGGGGGAGAGAGACAGAGCUAGCGAGAGAGGCACGGUGGGCGGAGAGACAGAGCAAGCGAGAGAGGCGGUGGGGGGCAGAGUGAGCGAGAGAGCCGUGGGAGGACCAGCCAAACAAGUUCUCCCAACUAACCCCAAAAAUCCCGGAACUAAGAAUUGGGUGCCCUCAGGCAGCAGGAAGCUAGCCUAACAAAUUUCAGUCUUGCCUCAAGUAUGCUCAGUACACAACCCGUCAAUGAGCUCCAGUCACAGGGGAAAAGAACCCUUCACGGUGUUUCUGUAGUUCAUCACCGAAAAGAAAUCAGACACAUUUCAAGAUGCUGCUAUGUAGCUGUAAUUUCAAUAGUAUUUGCAUCGGUAUUUGGAUUCUCUUCUCCCUGCAAGGAUAGAAACUGACCUGAGAUUAUUCACCCCCACCUGCCUGAAAUUAUUCCUGUCCUUCCAACCACCAAAAAGAAAUCCACUUGCCUGCGUGCUCGUCAGGUUUGUAGCAUGGCUCCACGUCGUCGGCGUCCUCUUCCACUUCUUCUUCCCGCCCCCCGCUGCUUUCUUGGCGGGGGAGAAUGGGCUUGCCCGGCCGUUGCACCCUCCCACGCCUUCAAUUAUUGAUCCUGCGUUGCCUGCCGCUCUCUGACUCCCGCCCUCGCGGUGACAGAUUGACUCUCCCUUCUCACAAGCUCCUCAGCACUGCAGCAGAGCAGAGGGAGGGAACGAGCCAGGCAGGCAGCGCGCCGCACCGGGAAGCCCACACCGCCACCACCCUCCCGCCCCUCCUUGGGCUCUGUCACGCCUGGCGGCGGCUCCUCCUCAGGGGCAAGGAGAAAACAACAAAACAACCCCCCACCCCACAACCCAAGUUGCUGUCGCCGCCGCUGCCAGCAAGCUGCGGCGCUAAGAGAGCGAGCGAGUGAGGAGAGGAAGGAGCCGGCUACGGGCUGCGCUUCCCGCGGCUCUUUCCCCAACUCUACAGCCCCAGGGAGCUCUGGCGACACUCCCUCUAGGAUUAUGGUGCUGCUGUUGAAUGCCAGAUAUUGUGUUAAAACUGAAUGUGUCUUGAAGUCUCCUGCUGCUGCUCUCUAGCACACAACAGCUCUUCCACGCAGAAUCAGUUCAGUCACACCUCGAUUAACACAAGAUGGAUCGAGCUUAUGAGAUGGAAGAUAGGGCUUCAUUAGUGAGAGGGGCUCACGACAUUGCCAAGGAGGUGAAGAAGCAGGCAGUGAAGAAGGUGAAUAAAACUGCAGACAAAGCUCAAGAUGGAUAUACGCAAAGAUCUUAUGACAGAUUUCAAGCUGAAGAAGAAAAUAAUGGUGAGUAUUAUACCCAAGGAGGAGAUUAUGAUGGUGAAGCAAAUGAAGAUGAAGGAUCAAGUGAAGCAACUGAAGGACAUGAUGACGAUGAUGAGAUUUAUGAGGGAGAAUAUCAGGGAAUCCCAAAUGCAGCACAGAACAAGGAUGGGAUAGCAGCUUUAGGACACCCAACACAAGAUAACUUCAAGGAUCGUCAUGAACUGGAGACAGAGAGAAAAGCUGAUGAAGAAGAACUAGCACAGCAAUAUGAGCUAAUCAUUCAAGAAUGUGGACAUGGGCGUUUUCAGUGGGCCCUCUUCUUUGUCCUUGGAAUGGCACUAAUGGCUGAUGGGGUAGAGGUUUUUGUGGUUGGAUUUGUGUUGCCCAGUGCUGAGACAGACAUGUGCAUCCCUAACUCUGGAUCAGGAUGGCUUGGUAGCAUAGUAUACCUUGGGAUGAUGGUGGGCGCAUUCUUCUGGGGAGGCUUGGCAGACAAGGUGGGAAGAAGACAGUCUCUUCUGAUAUGUAUGUCUGUCAAUGGAUUCUUUGCCUUCCUUUCAUCAUUUGUCCAGGGUUAUGGCUUCUUUCUCUUCUGUCGGUUACUUUCUGGAUUUGGGAUUGGAGGAGCUGUUCCAAUUGUAUUCUCAUAUUUUUCUGAAGUACUUGCUCGAGAGAAACGUGGAGAGCACUUGAGUUGGCUUUGCAUGUUUUGGAUGAUUGGGGGCAUCUAUGCAUCUGCCAUGGCCUGGGCAAUUAUUCCUCACUAUGGAUGGAGUUUCAGCAUGGGAUCUGCCUAUCAGUUUCACAGCUGGCGAGUAUUUGUUGUUAUGUGUGCUCUACCUUGUGUUUCUGCUGUGGUGGCACUCACUUUCAUGCCAGAAAGUCCAAGAUUCUUACUUGAGGUUGGGAAACAUGAUGAAGCAUGGAUGAUUCUCAAACAAAUUCAUGAUACAAACAUGAGAGCUCGUGGUCAGCCUGAAAAAGUGUUCACAGUUAACAGGAUCAAAACUCCCAAGCAAAUAGAUGAGCUUAUAGAAAUUGAAAGUGAUACAGGGACCUGGUACAGGAGGUGCUAUGUCAGAGUGCGUACAGAGCUGGAUGGUAUUUGGUCAACAUUUAUGAGAUGUUUCACCUAUCCAGUCAAGGACAAUACAACCAAACUUGCAGUAGUAUGGUUUACUCUUUCUUUUGGCUACUAUGGUUUGUCAGUAUGGUUUCCAGAUGUGAUUAAACAUCUACAAGCCGAUGAAUAUGCAUCUAGAAGAAAGAUUUUUAAUGAUGAGGAAGUUAAAGGCAUUGACUUCAACUUUACUUUGGAAAAUCAGAUCCACUACAAUGGAACAUUCAUCGAUGACAGGUUUACAAUGAUGAAAUUCAAAGUGGUUACUUUUGAAGAUACCCUUUUUAAGAACUGUGUCUUUGAAGACGUUACUACAUUGAACACAUAUUUUAGGAACUGUACUUUUAUGGAGACCACAUUCUUCAACACAGAUCUUGAACCAUAUAAAUAUCCUGGCAGUAGAUUUAUGAACUGCACAUUCUAUCACAACAAGACAGGAUGUCAGAUUUCCUUUGAUGAUGAUUAUAGUGCCUAUUGGAUUUACUUUGUUAAUUUCCUGGGUACUUUAGCAGUAUUACCAGGGAAUAUCGUCUCGGCUCUUCUGAUGGACAGAAUUGGGCGUUUGACAAUGCUAGGUGGUUCUAUGAUACUUUCUGGCAUUAGCUGUUUUUUCCUGUGGUUUGGUACAAGUGAAUCCAUGAUGAUAGGCAUGUUGUGUCUAUACAAUGGCCUCACCAUCUCAGCAUGGAACUCCCUUGAUGUUAUCACUGUGGAACUGUAUCCUACAGACAGAAGGGCAACUGGUUUCGGCUUUUUAAAUGCACUAUGCAAAGCAGCCGCUGUUCUUGGAAAUUUAAUAUUUGGUUCCUUUGUUGUCAUCGCCAAAUCAAUUCCUAUCCUCUUGGCUUCUACAGUUCUAAUCUCCCGACUGGAUGGCCAAAGGCUUCAGAUUCUCAGUGCAUGGAAGGUGUAUAGCGGAACUCCUACUCUCACAAUGAAAUAGUUGUUACACAUGGAUAGAAAAUGUGUUCAGUUAAGCCUUUCUUAAAAUGUAUAUAUAUGCCCCCUUCUAUUUUAGGCUAAAAGGGCACACUAAUGAAUAAAAAUGAUGUUUAAUUCAUUGACUUCACCUAUAUUAUGUUAGGGUAGGAAUUCUGUGAAUUGCCCCCCUAAACGUUGCUUGUUUCAGAGAAGUGAUUUAAGCAAACAAAUUGCUGAAACAAAGUAAUGGCUGUUUCAAGUGUGACCAUUUUCCUACAUGGAAAUCGUCUGUGUAGGUGUGACAGUAUUUUCCAUGCCACUUCUAACAUGUGGCAUAAGUGUUUAUUUGAUUAUGAGUACAAGGGUGUAAGGAAAAUAUCACAUUGAAAACAUCUUUUACCCAUACACGGACUACAGUGUGAAAACUCUUCUAGUCGUUUGACCCUGCCCAGUUUGCUCUUGAGAGGCACCUAAUGAUUACCACUAGUUUUAAUUAAACUGAGUAUACAGAGUCAUCCCAGCCUUUCAUAGCAGGAUAUGUUAAUCUAACAUGCCUCAUGAGAGACAGCAUUGAAUGCAAUAACCUGUAUGAUUAUAGUUAGACAUAGAUUUCCUGAUUUUUCAUUUUUGAUUUAGAAAGGCUAAACUACAAUGGCAUUGCUUCUUUCUUAGGAAACAAUUUUUAUGUGGAUUAAGUCUGGGAUGCAGACUGCCUGUUGUCGGCAAGAACUUCCAUCUCAACCACCAACUCUGUUUGCAGUUGCUACCAGGGGUUGUCCUUAGGGCAUGGCAAGCAGGGCGACUGCCCCGGGCCCUGCUCUUUUAACCCCCAUUAGAAUUAACCGGAAGGCAGCCCCGCACCGGCUGAUUUGCCCCAGGGUGGGCCCCACACCCCACCAGGGCUUUCUAAGGACAGCCCUGGUUACUACAGUUCGUCUGUUUUGCUUUAAGAUGAAAAUAGCCAUUGCACUCUCACAGCCAAUAUUUAAUGGGGAGAACAAAGUACAGGCUUAAUGAUAAAAAUGUUUUCAGGACAUGCCCUGUUCCCCAGAAUUCAUUAUAUUUUCUGUAAAAUUACAUUAAUUUGCAUCAAAAUUAUUUUGUAACAAAAUUAUUUCUUUUAAAAUGAUUACAAUAUUUAGGAUUUAAAUUGGACCAUUACCUCUCUUUUCACUAUAAGGUAGGCAGGAGACUUUACACAUUGCUUGGGAAGGGAAGAAGCAUCAUUCCCAGCUGUCCCGUCAGGUCUGGCAGUGCUUUCACUGUGGUGCAGCUUCUGCCCUGCUUGGACAAUACAGGACUGCAUUCUAUUCUACCUGAACUAGGCAGAAGCAGUCCUUACGUGAUUUAUCUGACUGGGAGAGUUUCCUUCAUCAGCAAUCAUACCCCAUCCUGAUAAAGGUAUGGUUAUUCUGGAAAAUAUAGAUUAAACCAGUGAAGGAGAGGCAGAAAUGAACAAAUGUCCCACUUAUUCUGAAAAGUGAACACAUGUAUCCAGAAUAAGUGGGAACUUAUUCUGUACCCACACACAUACUGCAGAACACUCUUUGCCUGACUGCUUACCCUCUCUAAAGGUAAAGGUAAAUUGUGCAGUCAAGUCGAUUUCGACUCCUGGCGACCACAGAGCCCUGUGGGUUUUUUUGGUAGAAUACAGGAGGAGUUUACCAUUGCCUCCUGCCACAUAGUAUGAGACUAUGCCUUUCAGCAUCUUCUUAUAUCACUGCUGUAAACUCAUACUGAAAUGUGUCCAAGGUGCAAAGCUUGAGAAAGGUAGUCGUAUCUUGCUGUGUGCUUCAUUCAAACUGAUUUCAAUCAGAGUUAGGAUGGCUAACUUUCUCUGAUUUGGGUCCAUAAUGCUGACACCCCCAAGAUAUUUUUCCUGUUUAAAUAUUAAUAAUCCAAUAUGAAUGAAAGCUCAAGAUUAUGAUUUAAGCAGUGUUCCAGACUCAGUGUUGCAGACAUUCACCUUAUUCAUACAUUAUGGUGUACAAGUUUUUGUGUUAAUAACUGUACCUGUGUUCAUUGUAAAAGUGAACCUGGGUGCAGACCCCUCAAAUGCAUGGUACGGUAAGGAAGUGUAAUGCUGUACCUGUGUUCACCAUAAUGUGUGAAUCACUGUAUCUGUGUACAUUGUACACUCAUAUUAAUAUUCUACAUAAUGUCUGAACAAGGCUAUUCAAUUUUGUGGAUUUUGCCAGUUUGUCAUGGCGCUUUAUGCUGGUUUUUAAAAAGUAGUCUUUUCUAGUAUUCAAAUAUGGCCUUUUGCAGCUUUUCUUUCAUUUGGAGGGGAGGAACUUAUUAACCACUGUUAGUUAUAAGAAACCCUUCUUAACAUUUCUAACAAUGAAAUCUGAAGCCUCUGUACAGACUGGGAGUGAUGAUCGACCACCAGCUGUAAACCAUGCUUUUGACAUGCAUGUCCGUUUAGAUUGAUGUGGUGCUUUGUCUGCUUCCUUCAUGAAUUUAAUCACUGAAAAAUCCAGAGCCAUAUGUAAGCUUUAGAAGGAAAAGCAAGCACCAGCUCCUCAACACAGAGACACCAUGAUAAAAUUUCAUUGUUAUCAUAGUGUUGCUUUCUCAGAAUCUAAUAUUUUGUAUCUAGGCUGCAUUCUUAUUCAGGAUAUAGCCUUGCCUGAAUGUAGGCAAGAAGACAGUUUUAAUACACAAAAGGGGAAAUGGAUGAAAAUGACCAAAGACAUGCAUAUUUGUCUUGUCUGAACUGUGUGACACAUGAUACUGGCAGAUCAGCCUUGUCUUCAUGGCCAAGUUUCCCCACUUCCCUACAUGAAUGGCAAAUCACAGUGACUAAACAUGAAAGAGAUUACAAAAUGAGAGUCAAAGCUGCAAUGAGAGUUGGCAGAGGAAGGGCUGGAAAAUUCAAGAGAGGGGAGAGAGAAUAUACCACUAUAACACAUUUGAAGCACAACUGGAGAACACAAAUCUUUUAACCGGAUGACAGUCUGUGGUUUAGAUGCAGAUGUUUAAUUGCUAAUAUUAGCCCUUUAACGGUCCAGAUCCCUUAUGUGGCAGAAGUAAAACCAAAUUUUGCCUAAGCUGUGCUGUCCGCUUUCACAUAGUCUCAACCCAAGAUUUAUGUAAAGAUUGAGCAAAUGGGAACUGCUUGUAUCCCUAUGUCAGUUAAUAGCAUCACUGCACCUCCAUUAAAGAAGCUCAAUUCCUCACAUGGUCUUGAAGUUGAUUCAUACACUGCAAAAAAGCAGAAGGGUGUAUAUGCAAUUAGCUUGCUCUUCUUUCUGUGCUUCCUUUGUUUAUUUAUUGAUUUGAUAUUUGAUGAGGAAUAAUGAAUCUUCCCAUGCAAGAGCAGUAUGCAUUCUUGAUUACAUGAAAUUCAUGCAUCCCCACUGCAGAAGAGUUAUGUAGCUUGCCAUUUUGCAUGUUAAGAUGGGAAGUGAGAAAAGAGGAACCACAUGUCACCCUUGCUUCCAGUCCCUCAGAUUUUUUGUCGCAGGAAAACAUACUCUCAGAAAUAAUGUUUCUGUAAAUACCCUCUAAAAGAGCAUUGUCCUUUUAUGCCUUACAUUCCAUUUCAAAGUCACGUCCAGUUUUUCCAUACACAACUUCUAAAUUUCCCUUGGCAAUACUGCUACCUAGUCAGUUAUCCCUCUACGUAUACUUAUGCCUAGAUAUACAUAGAACACUCGGCAUACACCAGGUAUAAUCACGACUGUGUUUUCUGUUACAAAUCAUUGCUGUGUGUAAUUCAAGGCAAAAGUACUAGGACUGAUCCCACACAAUUCUUUGUGUGUUUACUAGAAAGUGGGUCCCACUGUGUUCAGUUAGACUUACUUCUAGGAAAAUCUGAAUAGAAUUGCAGUCUUGACCUAUUCAAGUAGUCUUUCUGCCCCAUGAAGAAAUGAAGGAAGAUCACAAAGAAUCAAUAUGAUUAUUUCACUUGGCGCAGUGUUCCAUAAGAGCAUAGGAGCCACUUCACUGGGUUCAGCUAAUACCUUGUUCUGGUACCAGAAGGUACAAAGCAAGUGUAAUAUAACACUAAAAGGCAUUUACUUAGACUGAAAUCAGAUGUGCAUUUUAAAACUCUGUAAUUAUCACUUGCGAACCUUCUUGUGCUUAAUGUUUAUUACCACUAUUCACAAGUAAUGCUUUUCUGACAUUAAAUGACAUGAUCUAGCCUCCUCCCCAGCUGCUAGUCCAGAAGAAUGUCUCCUAUCCGUCUACCCUAGAUGCUGGCUUAUACUGUCUUAUGACUAGUCAAAUGCAGUUCCACAGGAAUCCUCCUUGGCUGCCUUAUUGAGCCCUCACUCUUUGUGCACUAGUGGAACCGACAAGUUUGGGAGUAAGUUUCAGCAAUGCUUUGUCAGUUUCUGCAGACCAGCCUCAGUGCUUAUACACUCCUUUAGAAGGAAAAACAUUGGUGAAAUUGAUAAGGAGGUCGUUCACACAACCAGUUCACAGGGCUUCCCCAGGUAGGGCUGGUCAUGUGCAGCACAUGUACCUCCUACCUCACACCUGGGUCAUGUUGGCACUCAGGCUACCAGCAGCCAUGCUUACCAUAGAGUCAGGGAGAAGGAGCUGCCUGCAAGAUAUCCCAAUGCACUGUGCUGUUUGUGCCAUGCAUUAUGGGAUAUCUGGGGACGGCUUCCUUCCUCCUGCCUCUCGUUUGGUGCACCACUCACCACUCCACUGCUUGUGUGGGUCAGUGGCAGAACCCUGAUUGGGCCCCAGAUUGUGUGGGGGGAGGAAGGUAGAAUCCUGCUUCCUCUCUAGCCCCAACCUUAAGUUGUGUCAGUUUUCCUGGAUUGCAGAGAAAGAGGAUAGUGAAGUAGGUCUGCAUCAAUAAAACUGGUAGGGUUUCCCCCUCACACAGAAGUUUGGGGGAAGUUCCAGUUCUGUGAGAAAAUAUUGGAUAGAGGACUAAAAAUGCACACACAAAAUACACAGGAACAUUGAAAUGUGUUUGUAAGCCCAUUUCUGCAUGGACACAAAUUGAUUUGCAAGAACAUAGAAGAGUGCAUUUCUGUCUUUUGCACAUGCAUACCAAUAGCAGGAGAGGGCCUCAAAAGCAUUUUAAUGCCAUAUAUGAAAUCCGUCAUGGCCUGUCAGUCAUUUAGUUUUGGUAUAGCCUUAUGUUUCCUUAUGUUGCUGUGAUUCUGAAUGAUCAUUUGUGUGCUGUCUGGAGAGAAACCCUUAUGUUGGUUUUAACUAUGCUCCUUGUUAUUCAUGUGCCCCCACCCCCAUCCACCACUACUCUCUUAGCUAAAAGCAAUAUUUCAAAAGGUACCUCCUAUCUCCUUGCUCUGGUUCAUUUAUCAUUAAUGCCUUGCAUUGCAUCACUUGUGUGCAAAUGAAAAACCCCAUGCUUUUGCACAAUUUAGUGAGCACAAGCCCAAUCUUUGCACAAAUAGACAACAUCCCGAUCUAGUGAGGAUGUUUAAAGAGCUCUGCACACUGAAAAUGAAGGAGUCAGACACACAGGAGGUACAAAGAAAUCUGUUUUUCUGUUUCUCAAAGACUGGGAGGAAAAUGCAGCAUUUAAAUCCAAAGCGCAAACAAGCCCCUUAUACUCCUUUUCCUCUGAAUUUCCUGUCUUCCUGUUCACCAACCCCAAUACCAAAACCCAGGCCCCUGCUUCAUAUUAAUAACGUCUGCUGCUAUCAGUCAGGAAACACAGCAGGAAACACCGUUACAAGCAGCUCUCCUUGAACAUUUCUCCCUGUUCUGUCAUUUCUGUGUUGUUGAAUACAGUUUAUGAAUAUACAAAUUGAGGUGAUGGCUCCAAGUGCAUCAUUUGGACUCCAAGCAGCAACUAGGGCUAUGAUUCAGGGGUUCAGAAGGAAGAUAGAUGAAACUGAUCUCUGUCUAUAUAUCCCCACCCAUUUGAUAGCUUUACCUGAGUUCUGUAGCAACUAGUAGCCAGCACUCUGUUCACCAUGGCUCAGAUCCAAACAACCACACGAUGCAGUCAUUCACAAAAUCAAAAAGUGUGUCCUAUCCAGGCUUGGGAGCUGUGUGUGCUCCCAAUUUUUGGUUGUGUGGAAGCAAGGUAACAGGAAAACCUGGGUAGAAGUCAUUGAGGUGAUUCACACGAUUGUCCUAGGUGGAUGGGAAGGCUGCGGAGGGAAGGCUGCCUUCACCCUACCUUCCCCCCAGAUGACCAAGCAGAUCCUUUUUGGCGUGCUUCCUACGCACCCACAUGGACAGCCCUGCUCCGUGCAGCUCCAUGAAGCAUGGAGCAUGGCAUAGCAAUCUGGGGCUAGAACUUGUUCUGGCCUCCAGGCAUCCCUCAAUGCAAUGUGUGGCACGCAUGUUGCAUUGGGAAUUCCCCCCGCAGAUGGGUGCUCUGUGCACCCAUCUCUGUGACUCCUCGACCUGCAAAACACACAAUAGCUAGGUUAAGGCUGUGAGAGCACUCUUAAACUUGGCUAACAGCCAGGUUGAUUAAUGGGUUAGGUGGGCGGGGAACGGAGGGAUCAGCGAGGACCCUGCCCCUUCUCACGUACAGCCUCAUUGUGUGGAAGCAAGGUAGGAGGAAAAGCUAUCCAGGUUUUCCUCCUGCCUUGCUUCCACACAACCAGAAAUUAGGAGCACACACAGCUCACACAGUAAUAUGUGAAUGACCUCAAUGUUUUGCCUCUUAAUUUGUUUCCUUCCUUCCUUCCUUCCUUCCUUGCCUUAUUAGUAGUUGUUGGGACGUUUAAUGUUUUGUUUAAUGUUUUGGAAACUUCUGUCUCCAAUAAUCACCCAAUCCCAAACAAGAUCCAUCAGCAGAUUCACUUGGACAUGGCUUCCUCUGUAUUAUACCAUUCAUUCAUUCAUUCAUUCAUUCAUUCAUUUAUGCAUAUUUAGGAACAUUUAUGUUCUCUAUUCUCAUAAAUUCUGUUCAGGAUGAAACAGUUUAAUCAAUAUUUUGAGAGAGAGAGAGAGAGAGAGAGAGAGAGAGAGAGAGAGAGAGAGAGUAUAAAAACCCAAUGGAGAGAGGACUAACAAAUUAAGCUGAAUCAAAUGUUUUAUCAAAUGUUUUCCAAAAGAGGCUUUUACUGCUGGAGCGGCAGAAGGUUCUCAGUGAAGAGGACGUUUGUGUCAGUGCAGAGGCUAGACAGACUAGGGCUGGACAAUAAUGGCGCAGCAAUGUUUGCAGGCUGUGUUGCUUCUUAAAAUAAUCUCUGAGGGAAGGAAAAAAGAUUUUUCUUUCUCUCCAGCUUCAGUGCAACUGGUAUGGUUCCUGCCUCUUCUUUGUGUAAAAACAACAUAGCUUUCCCAGCCCACACCCACUGUGCUCAUAUUAGUGCCCACAACUGACAUUUCUAGGAAACACAGACUUCUAUAGGAUGGACUUUCUGUUCUGAGGGAAAACAAAUAUGACCAUUUGGUAACAAGAGAUAGAUUGCAAAGCAGACUCAUGUGAAGCAAAUAAUCAAACAACCAAGGGUCACCAGAGUUUAUUUUGUUAUACAUUUCCACCCCUCAGCUUCUCUCUUUUUGCUCUCUGUGAGGCUGUUCUCAUGCACAGCCUAACCCAGGCUGGAUUAAACUGCACAUGAGAGCUGUCCGGAUUGGGCCCAAUCCCAGUGGGGCAGUGCUACCUAGCCCAGCUUUUAACCGGGGUUAAAACCAUGAGCAUGCCCUUAACCCCGGCUCUGGGAUCAUGUGUUCACUUGGGCUGUGUUCAGCCCAAGCAGAUACAGAGAUGGGCGCCUAGAGCACCUGCCUCCUGGGGGAAUCCUCCAGUGCACCACACAUAUGAUGCGGAGCAUUGUGGGAUAUCCAGAAGCCAGGACACAUGGUCCCGGCCUCCAGAGCUCCUUGCUGUGUGGUGCAACAUGGAUUUUAUGGGAGCGCAAUCUGCAGUGCGCUCCCAGCAAGAUUUGGUCGCUUGGAAGGGGAGGUGAUUUGGCCCAGCCUCCCCCCCCCAGCCCGCCCUGGCCUGGUCAUGUGACUAGCCCCUGUAUAUUAUAAAGGACAUGUUGUAUAGGUCUACAUGUGUGAUUAUAUUUAUGUACAUAUCUGCAUUCAUAUAAAACCUGCCUUGGAAAUGUAUCUUCAAAGGGUACAAUCCAGCCAAAUUUAAGUACUUGUAAGUCCCAUUGAUUUCAGUUGGAGAGUUCAACUCAUGCUUAAAUCUUUCCCAUGAGACAAACAAGGACUUAACUUUGUCUGAUUCCAGUACUGUUUGAUCCAUAUUACCAUGUAAAUUUUUUGCAGCGUUGAACCAGAAAAAUCUCAUAGCAAAAUAUAUUUUUGAUUAAUCAUAUAUAACAUUCCAGUGGUGAAAAGAACUUCGUGGUUUGCCAUUACUGUUUUACCUAUGCCAAAGUGAUAUUGUGAUGGAUGAGAAAUAUGUUCACAGCCAUUAUCGCCUUGUUUUCAUAUUUCUGCUCCGUGUAUUUUGGCAAACAAUGAAGCAACAGGUCAUGAAAACGCAUUUGUUGUGUUCCAGCAAAAUAUAAUGUCUAGUUUUGGAAUGUUAUCCUCCCCACAUUUGAUGCUAUGUAUGUUUAAUGUUCUAUAUAGGUAAAAAUAGCUUCUGUAUAGUCUGUGGUAAAAUGUCUGAUUUUUGUUUCUGUCUGUUAUUUUUGUUUCUAUGUUUUUGCCCAGGUAUGUGACAUUGUUCCAGUGAUGUUCUUGCACUAUAAAUUGUUUAUUCGUGCUUUUCUCCGUGGUCUUUUACCAGACAGGAACAGAGCCAUUGCCUAGGUGCCUUUCAAUUAACUGUUAUCUUUCACAAAAUCCAGUCCGGUCUAUCAGUGUCACAGGCUACCAAACCUACUGUUCUUUAACAGCAUCACACCCAGAAGGAACAGGGGUUAAAGAGAGUUUAUUCCAAAGCUCUGGCAUUCACUUCAUAUCUCCUUUCCUUUUAUGCAAGUGACUUUAAUCUUUCUGUGUACCCAGGAGCAAGUGGGUGGGUGUUAACCACUGAACUAAGGAGUCAGCAGAAGCUAUUUUUCCUCCCACAUGAACAAACAAGGCCUAUGGACUAAAGGGCAACUGAAGAGCCUGAAUCUGGCAUGCUCCUAGUAGAAGAUUAUUCUGAUUGGAAGUCAAAAGGGAUUCCCGUGUUACCUAUGUAACACAAAAGUUAGAAGGUGGAUGGACAGGCACUGAGCAAGGCUGUGUCUGCUGUGGUUGCUUACAGCCAGGAGCUAGCAAAAUGUGAGCCCUUUCUCACAACUAGUGAGAAAGGGCUUCCCUGUCUCUGAGAAGGAAGUCCAGAAAAGAUUACCUCCCCGCAGGCUUUCCUGGACAAGCAGAUCACCCACCUAGACGAGCACCAGUUGCUCCCAGGGUGCAUUGCCCCAGCCCCUGGAAAUACCAUAAUGCACUGUGCAAGUGUGCUGUGCAUUAGGGGAUUCCCCCCUCCCUUCCCCAGGUUCCCUGCAGUCUGGCAGCUGCAGGCCAAUAAAUAAUUUUAAAAAACAGGGUUAGGGCAGUGUUUUAGAGGGAGGCUUCACAGGUGGGUUUACCGCCGUGGUGCCACCAGGAUCGGGUUGAUCUCUGUGGUUCACAUGUACGUGCAUACUCGUGUGAAUAGCCUCUGUGUUUUUCUUGCUGCAUCUUGCUAUGUCCUGGGCAACUGCAGGAGUAAUGCCACACCAAGACUCUUCAGAUGUAACUCUUUAGAGUCUUGAGAUUUUUUUAAGCACACAGUUUUAUUUAUAAGUUUUCAGAUUCUGAGGCCUUGAAGUAUUUUAUUUCAUUUACAUGUCUUUUCUGCAAUGAUAGCAGCUAGAGCAGGGAUUCCCAAAUUAUUAUCCGAGUCCUUCCCACACCGGAGAGGGCUAAUACACAAACCUUAUUUUCAUUGGGCAGGCUGCUCAGUUAUGCUUUUAACAAUGAAGUCGUGAGCAGAAAAUCUUCAGAGAGCCUACUGCUUAACCAGCUGAGGGUUGUGCAAAAAUUAUUGUUAUUUUUUAACUUACUGAAUUUAUAUACCACCUAAUAUAGAAAUCUCUAGGCAGUAUACAGAAUUAAAACAUAAUAUAAAAUAUAAAACAUUUAAAACUCAUAAAAAGAUUUUUUUAAAAUUGGCUCAGAGACAGAAAAUAGGAUGUUACUUACUAGCUGAAAAUGACAUUCAUAUGGCAUAAAAAGUUGUGGGAAGCUCCCUGACUUAUUUAAGUUGUUUUCAUUCAUAAAGGUUAAGUUUCUCACAUUAGAAGCACAUAGUUUCUAUAUUAUAAGAAACCUUUACCAUAAUAGCUGAUCUAUCAUAACACUUCGGACCUCUGUUUUGUCUGUCAUUUUGUCUGUAUGGUGUUUCUUGUUUUGUUUUGAUUUGAAUUAGAAUCCUUCUUUCAAGCCAGAGGUGCUUGAACGGAUUUGCAAUAAACCAUAGAACCAAGUUAAAACAAACUACUGAAGCUAUAAAUCACAGGCAUACAAGGUAACCUCCCCAAAAAGGAAUUCAGAGUCAGGCCUCACCUGCAGAUCUUAAUAACUGGGUGGGGAGAAAAAUUGUAAGCAAGUGGCAGUUCUAGUGAACGAAAGCAUGUCAGCCUGCUGGCUCCAUCUCAGCAGUGGGAGAUAUCUCAAACUCCAGUCUCGGGGGCUACCAUUAUAAAGAGUUUGGGGGUCAUGUGGCAAUUCCGUAACUCAGCACUCUGGUCUCACUUGGGCUUCUUUGCUCAGCAGGAUCUCAGACAGUUUUUGAAACUGCUUUCUCAAGCAGCCAAGGAGGCCAAGAUUAAGCAGACAAGCCUGGGCUUGGCUGCCCAUGAGAACCUCCGGGAUCCACACAGAUCCUGGCAAUGCACCCUUAACCUUGGCUCUAGGCUCCUGUGUCAGCACACGCUGCUCACAGCUCACGCUGAUACAGAGAUGGGUGCCUAGAGCCCCCAUCCCCUGGGGGAAUCUCCCAAUGCACUGCACUCGGUGCACUGUGGGAGUCUCGGGGGCUGGGACAAUGAGUCCCGGCCUCAGAGCAAUCCACUCUGCUCUGUACUGCAUGAAGCAAGGCUGGUUGUGUGGGAGCACAGAGUGUGCUCCCACCAAGCAACAAAGGAUUGUGUGGGGCGGGGCAGGCAAGGUUUGGGAAGCCUUCCGUCCACCUACCUGGACGGUCUUGUGAAUGGCCCUCUUGUAUGCGAGGCUUAAAUUAAUUUUCUUUUGAAUUGGGCACUAACUAAUGCUCCUCUGUUUAUUUUGCAAUUGGGGUUUUCAAAAUGAGCUGUUUUUCAUUUUUUAAAAAUCCCCACCCACCCCCCAGAAAAUAGGUUGGUCUUUUCUUAGCCCAGUUCUGAAUUCAAAAACUCAGUUACAUGUGAUGGGAUCCAGAUACCUCCUUUCUCUGACCCUUCUGCUUGAAAUCCCCCGUGAGCCCUGCUCCUGCUUUUCUUCCACCAACCAUAUUUGGCAGAGUGUCAGAAGCCAGACAGUGGCAAGAAGAUUUCCCUGGAGGCUUCUGUGCAAGGCCUCUUUUCCUCCCUGGUGCCUGGCAUGCGGUUGCUUCAGUGCUCUUGGUACCAGAGAGAGAGGCAUUCCUCCCUGGGUACUGGUAGUGGGUGUGAGCUCCAAUACAAGCCAGGCCUGAAUUAGGAAGGGUCUGGGCUCAGAUCAUUUUGAGCUGUGGCUUUUUGAACAGGAGAAGCUCAUUUUCAAAACUCACCCACUUCCAAGUUCAUUUCUGUAACUAACCAUAAUGCCAAUUUAAAGCCUGCAUUGGCUGAGAGAUGCAUUUUGAUUUUUCUUCCAACUUGUCUCCCAUAUUCAUACAUAACACAAAAAGAGGAAGAGGCUCACAUGUACUCCUUGGGGUCAAUUAGACAUUACAAAAAGUGCAUGAUCAGUAGGCCCUUCCUUGCUUCCUUUUUUCCUUGUAAAUUGCAGUCAGACCAGGCUCCCCUGCUGGGCUUAGGACUGGGAGACAGUUUUAAGCAGACUCUUUGCUAUAGUUCCAAUCCAGAUCGCCCCUAUGGCUGCUGUGUACCAUGGUGGGAAGCACUGUUCCCUCUAACAGGGAUUCCCAGAUGUCGUUGCCUAUGGGAUGGGAUGGAAUCUUUAUUUCGGUCAUUGAACAGACAAAAAUGCAAAACAAUAAAUAAGUAGUAAUCUCCAGCAAUCAUGAUUCUGCAAGUACUUUCUUACAAAACACCAUUUACAAUAUAACGAUAUAUAGUACAAUCAACACUCGUGGUUUUACCAGUUGCUUCCUUACACAGCUUGCGUGUAGCAAAAUUUUACCACCUUGGUGGAAACAUUAAUAUCACUAUCGGACAAAAGGAGAGACACAUAAAAGGCCAAUGGCCUACCUGGGAAUCUAGACAAAAUCGGUGACAGAAGUGCUAGCCGAAUAUCUCUAUAAACAGUGAAGCAACGUAUGGUCAAUUGUCUCAACCACUCCUGACUGAUAGCGACUCUCUAAGAGAGCUGAGGGCAGUGCAUUCAAGCAUGCCAAGGCAAAUGCCCUUCUCAAUUUGGCAAGAACAAGCUCAUGUAAAUAUUUAGCUGGUCUAUGUGGGUGAGUUGCGUUACCUAAAAAAGGUAAAUGUCUGACUUGGGCCCUGUCAUGUUGACUGCAGCUCCCAUAAUCCCCAAGCAAAAGCCACUGACUGCAGCUGGCGAUUCUGGGAGUUGUAGUCAACAACAUCUGGGAAUCCCUGUUAGAGGGCCCAGUGGUGGGGAGGACUCUCAUUGGUGCCAAUGGGAGCUUUUUCCCAGGGCAAACAGCAGUUGAAGAGAAGGCCUGAUCCUGAUUGCGGCUGCAGUGCAGAGUUAAAGCCACCCACACCAUAGUCCACUGAUCUGUUUACAAAGCUGCUGUUUGCAAAGAAAAGGGCAACCUUGGAGGCACCCAUCACACGCUUCUCAUAUAAUUUGACCCCACAUAUCACAUGAUGAUGAAAACAUCCUGAAUUCUGGAUUAGGAACACCAGAAAGACCAGCUAUUGGGCACUACAAUCUGGAUUUGCCCACUUGUAAGUAAUGCCAAGAAGAAGUUCUUGCUAACAAUUAUCACGGCUCCCCACAGGGCAAAGUUGUGUGAAAGGUUUUAGCCCCAUUCUCUUGAGCCAGAGCAAUUGAGAAGGGAGUUCUAGGGUGGAGAGCUUCCUAUCUCUGGGAAGCCUUUACGCAUUGUAUCAGAAUCAGUUUGGAAGCAUCUGUGUGGACCUACGAGUCUCUCCAUGACUCUUGGAGGCAGUGAUUAUGUCAUAACAAUGACUGAUUAUGUCAUCACCAUGACUCAUAUUGACUAAUGCAAGUUUUGAGGGUAUCUAUUAAUGCAUAGGAGUCCAAGUUUUCAUUCAGUUGUUACCAUGUUACAUGAUAUACCUGUGCUACAUAAUUAUAUAUACUUCAUUUUCACAGAGCCAGAGCUUUCCUUUAUUUCCUUUAACAAAAGGCCAGUGGCACUCUUAACUGCAGUAACAUAAGUAGGCAUUAAAUACCAUGCCUAUGCAGUGUCACUGGUUAUGAUGUGCACCAAGAAAUUCAUUCCCCAGAGGGAAAACAACAACAACAAUAAUAUGCACAUAGUAUAUAUAGCUUCUUAACUGCUGAAGACUUCCUACAUCAGCAAGUAAAUGGCUACAUAUUGUAUGUGUGUGCACGCAUACUUAUUGACCCAGCACAUCCCACAUCACAAUAUGUACCCAUUUCAGGGCAAUGAUUAUGGUAGGGCAGUCAAACACUGGCACAAUGGUUUUGCUUAAGGUAGAAGAUAAUUGUUCAGUAUCCAUUUCCACAUGCUUUCUUAGUAGUAAAGUCAAGGCUAAUGUUCCCUACCCAUGUCUUUAAAUUGUGUGCAGGAAGAAGUGGAGGAUAUGGCUGAAGAGGUAAGUCUUGGGGAUAUCAGGAAUAGUAUGCCAUACAACUAGCAAAUCCCCUUGAGGCAGUCUACCAGUUUGGAAGCUCUUCAGCCUUUGAUCCUCUGUGCAUAUCUGAAAGAAAGUAGGAACAAGACCUCCUAAAAGUACUCAAUGUGUUUGCAAUGAAAGCUUGGCAAUGGUUCUGGCCACCUUUAGAAUUUUACUGCUUUGCAAGAUCAUCUCCCUGUAAUUCUGGUUUUAGCACUCAGUGUGUGUGUGUGUGUUUGUGCGCUUACAUGUCCGCACAUUAAUCAAUCCUCACUUUCAGAUUUUUGGAUUUUUCAUUCCAAGUACAGCUGGUACACUUUGUGAACUCAUCUUUCUGGUAUUCUCCUCUGUGUCAGGUUGCCAACUGCCAAAAAUGUCAGGCCAAGUGUGUUUUUAUAAAAAUUCCCUGGGAAAAGCUGUUUGUUUACUUGUGACAGGGCAUGUUUUGUGGAGGAUGAUGAUGUACAGUGUAAAUCUAUAAAAUGUGGAUGUGUGUAUACAUUUACUAUCUGCCAAGUAUUUAUUAUUCAUGUAAUAGAAGCAAAGAUAUUUAAUGUACAUCAGAUUGAAAAAGGAGCUCCAUUAUAUUCAAAUAAAGUGGUUUUCUCUGCUAUAA